AAACAAACAACAAUUGACUUUAUAUAGGAUUGGAAGGGAUCCAAACCUCCACUUUGGGAAUUUCACAAACUUUGGUUUCAUCACAAAGUCAGCCCGCUUCCUUUAUAAAGUUUUCAUUACAUUAUCACUGUUAUCAUUUCUCCUUAACAUAUUAUUAAUAAGUUAGGAUGGAGUUCAAUUUCUUUUUCAUCAUCAUUUUACUCAUACUUGCUUUAUGUGGGGUUAGCCAUGCUUCAGCUGAUCUACCAGCUGAGGUUCACUGGAAAUCAGUGUUCCCUCACACCUCAAUGCCAAAAGCCUUGAAACAUCGUCUUUUACAGCCAGCAGCAGGAAACAAACCUUGGGUUGUUACAAGGAAGGAAGAUUCAAUCAAUGAUGGCGACUAUGGAAACGCUGAUCCAAGCAUGGGAUUUGGACGUGGGAGUAUUAUUUCCCGAACCAACAUAACUAUGUAUUUCUUCGAAAAUGAUUUAUACCCUGGUAAGAAGGUGAAACUAGAAUAUUUCAGUAAGGCUAAGGCAAGGAAUGAGGUUCCGUUCUUGUCUCGUCGAGUUGCAGAGUCAAUACCCUUUUCGAGUGACGAGUUUCCGGGGAUUUUGAAGCUCUUUUCGCUGAAACCUGAAUCAAGGGAAGCUAAGGCAAUGAAUCGAACGAUUGCGAUGUGCGAGAGACGGGUCAUUGAAGGGGAAGAUAUGUACUGUGCGACGUCGUUAGAGUCGUUGGUGGAUUUAAGUGUUAGGAAAUUCGGGAACGACAUUCAAGUGCUGUCAAGUGAGGUGGAAAAAGAAACUGAAAACCAGGAUUUUAGUGUUGCUAACGAGGGAACGAUACUGAUGGGAGAAAAGGAUAUAGUUUGCCAUAAGAUGAAAUAUCCCUAUGCCGUGUUCCUAUGUCAUUCACUUGAUAAAACAGCCGUGUAUAGGGUUCCUUUGGUUGGCAAACAUGGGACAAAAGCUAAUGCUUUAGCUGUUUGCCAUAGAGAUACAUCAGCUUGGAACCCAAACCACAUCGCUUUUCUGCUUCUUAAAGUAAAACCAGGAACAGUCCCCAUUUGUCAUUUCCUCAUGAGAGAGAGCCUAGUGUGGGUUCCAAAUGGAUUUGCUCAUUAACGCUUUUAAUUUAUUUCUUGCAUGCAUUACCACUUACCAGUGGAGAUCAAGGAAGGGGUUAUAUGUAACAUCUUUAAUAUGUUUUAUGUUGCUAAACUCUAGGUUCACAUCUUGAAUAACAGUGUAUAAAAUUAUUAUUAUACUCUUAAA